GUAUUCCUAAUAAAUAUCGAUUGCUGAGAAAAGUUGCAUUGCCUGAUAAUUACUCAAACCCAUUGCUGCAUUGAGUUUAAGUGAGGUAGGUUAAUAUUGAUAUACAUUCCUAUUAUCUGGUUCUGCCACAGGACGAAAUCAAGAAGUGUGGAAGUCUCUGUGUCAACUAUUACUGAAUUCAAAUAAGCAAUCAGGCAUUAAUUACCUGGUGUGUUGUGUGAGGUUUAUCAAGGUGAAUCAUGCUUCGAAAUGGCAUGUCAAAUAUCAAGAUGGAGCCCCAGAUAAUAGAGCAUAAUCAAGCACCUUCUGGUGGUAUGUCACUGUGGGCUAAGGUGCGGGAGUUAGAGGGAGAAGCACUUCAACAAAUUCAAAGUUUAUACGGAAUCAACUUUCCAAUAGAAUUUCGACAUUAUUUUGCAGAUUUAAUUGAAAGUAGAAGAUGGGAUCAGCUGGACCCAGACAAUAUAAAUGAUGAGCCACAGGCCAGGCAUAUUUUAGGGUCAUUCCUCACCGAUAUAGAGAGACAAUGUGAGAAUUUAACAGAAGCUCGUGAUUUUUUGCAACGAUUGAGAUUCAGUGAAAUUGCUAAUCACUUCAAGACAAUAUAUGGACCUGCACCACUUGAAUUAGUGAGAACAGCGAAGAAAAUAUUGUCAAUUGAAUCUAGCCUUGUCAACCAAUCAAAUUCUUUAGGAGAUGGCGGAGUUCUAAGUCACUUGUCUCAACAAACUGAAAAAGUAAUCCAUAUCAAUCGUGAACUGGACAGACUAACCAACAUGACCAGAGAUACGGACAAUGAUUUAAGGAAGUUACAAUCAAAACAAGAAUAUUUCGUCAUCAAUUACCAAGAGAGUCGAAAAAUAAGUACCUAUCUUCAACAAGUACAACAAUUAGCCCCAAACGAUCAAGCUAGAAUGCAGGAUGAACCGAAACUUAUCAAAAAACAACAAGAAGUUGAUUCAUUGCUCAGAUUAGAAGCACAAAAACUUUUACAAUUAAGAGUGGGAAUCGCGGACAAACACAAGGAAACUUUUGGACUUCUCACUCAAUUACAAAAUCAAAUAUUAGAAGAAGAAUUAAUACAAUGGAAACGUGCACAAGCUCUCGCAUAUAACGGAGUUCAACAUGAAAAUAAUUUAGAUCAAUUGCAACAAUGGUGUGAGAGGCUGGCUGAAAUUAUCUGGCAGAAUCGACAACAAAUAAAGAAAGUUGAGUUGCAGAGACAGCAGCUUCCCAUAAAUAAUCCAGGCCGUGAUCUUCUGCCAGAACUAAAUUCAACAAUAACAUCAUUACUUUCAACACUCGUAACAAGUACAUUUAUAAUUGAAAAGCAACCUCCGCAAGUUUUGAAAACACAGACGAGAUUCGGUGCAACAAUUCGUCUUCUUGUUGGUGGAAAAUUAAAUGUUCAUAUGAAUCCACCAACAGUAAAGGCAAGCAUUAUAAGCGAGGCACAAGCAAAAGCUCUAUUGAAAAAUGAAAAUAGAAGUUUAGCAGAAAUGAGCGGCGAUAUAUUGAAUCGUGAAAGUGUUAUGGAAUAUCAUCCACAAACAGGAAUCCUCAGUGUUAAUUUCAGAAAUAUGUCCUUAAGAAGGAUCAAAAGAUCAGAUAAACGAGGAGCUGAAUCGGUAACCGAAGAGAAAUUUACAGUUCUAUUUCAAUCGCAAUUUAGUGUCGGAGGGAAUGAACUCGUAUUUCAAGUUCGAACAUUAUCUUUACCUGUCGUUGUAAUUGUACAUGGAAAUCAAGAAGCAAAUGCAGCGGCCAGUAUUUUAUGGGACAAUGCAUUCGCAGAACAGGGUCGAAUUCCAUUUCAAGUACCGGACAAAGUACCCUGGUGUAAACUUAUUGAAUCGCUCGAUCACAAAUGGAAACACGAAACUCGCAGUCCACGUGGUCUCACUAUGCAGGCUAAACAAUAUCUCGCCUACAAAGUUUUCAAACAAACAGUGAUGCCAAACUCAGAGAAACUCAUUUCAUGGGCUCAAUUCAACAGAGAACCAUUACCAAAACGUAACUUCACUUUCUGGCAAUGGUAUAACGGUGUCAUGGAGUUGACUAAAAGUAAACACCUACAAGUACAUUGGAAUGAUGGAGCCAUCAUUGGUUUCAUUGGUAAAGCUGAAUCUCAAGAAAAACUUCUUUCUAUGCCAAAUCGUACUUUCCUGCUGCGCUAUUCUGAUUCUGAAAUUGGUGGACUCACCAUUGCUUGGGUGGCAGAUGAGAACGGUGUACCAAAAGUAUGGAACCUACAGCCACAAACAUUGAGAGACUAUGGCAUCAGAUCAUUGGCUGAUCGUAUCAAUGAUCUUGGACAACUCAUGUAUUUAUGCAAAGCAGAUGACACAACAAAAAUGAAAGAUGAAGUUUUUGGACAAUAUUAUUGCAAAACGGGAGGAAGUUCUUCGGAACAACCAGAUGGAUAUGUCAGAACAGAACUUAUGCAACAUAUUCCAAGCCAACCUCCCAUAUCUCAAAUGAGCCUCUUCAGUGACACGAGUGCCCCAAGUACACCACAAAGUAACUACGAUGCCCAACUUAUGCAUAAUUCACCUCCGCCUUCAAAUGCUCAUCCUAUACCGUUUGAUGUGCAAUCUGAAGCUGGAAGCAACAGCAACUUUGCACCGAAUGAAGUCGGCUCUGGAAUGGAAUAUGACGAAAGUUUAGGAGAUCACUUUGAUUCUUCAUGCAAUAUUGACGUUAACGAACUAUUAAGUCGCCAUAUGUGAAUGUUUUCGAGUGCUUGCAGAUAGGGAUGUCCAUGUCCAAAUAGUACCGUUGUUCUAAAAUCUUGCUCCGCAAUUGAUUGUCUUUGCUCCAAAUCGGUAAUACUAAACUUUGCGUCGUAACGCACUAAAUAUCUAUCCUAAAAAAUUAAUAUAGCAUGAAAACAUGUUUGCAUAUCCCAUUGUCUUUAUCAUAAUAUAUUUUUAGGAAAUCAAGUUUUCUCUUCAAUGGCUUGCGACCUGUGUUACAGAAAGUGAAUGCUUCGUAGGUUUGAGAAGUUUGGCAUUUGAAAAUCUAUAUUUUACCAAAAUAUUAUGAUAUUUGUUAAUUUUUGAAAUAUUACCAAAUACCAGUAAUAUGAAAUAAUUGCAAAAUGGCAAAUUCAGGGAAAUACAGUAAUUUUAAAUCUUGAAUUUCUAAUUGAAUUACGUUUAAUUUCUACUUACUUUGCAACUAAAUUGGAACCAAAUUUUUUGGACAUCUCUAUACUGCUGUUGUCGGGAUUGGAUCACAAGAAUAUGAUGUCUUUAAAUUCUUUCAAUGCCAAGAGCAUCACAUAAAACUCUGAACUCUGGAUGAAAUUUUACAUCACUAACACCCUAUAUGUGAAAAAACCUCAUCUUUAUCAUAUAGCAACUAAGCUAAAAUCCAGUAAGUUUAAAUAAUACAAGUAUAAAAGUGUCGUUUCUGUGUGGAUUUCAUACACAAAAAUUAUGGAGCACUCUACAUAUCACAAAAGGAUCUUGAUUGAAGGCUGCAAUGAAUAAAAAAAAUUUUGAAUAUUUGAAUGUUAAUCAUGUAUGUUGUCUCAACUGAAACUGUAUUGUACUGAGAUAUUGCAUAAUUUCUUUGUAACUGCAUCCCAUUGCUAUAAAUUUGCGGCCACCGUGAAUGGCCUAGUAGCUAUAAUGUUAUAUAUAACUGUGAUAGCUUCGUGUGUUAAAAUCUCGGGUUCGAAUUCCAUGCACAUCACCUGACCCAGGGUGUAAUAAAUUGGGUGAGCAAUGCCGAACCGUAAAGAUUUAGGCCCUUUUACACUAUAGUGGGUGCAUUUGCAGAGCCGUGUUCAGAGCCAAAGGCGUUUAAAUAGUCAUAUACAAAUAUGAAAUCGAGAUGGAUGGAUUCUCAAGCCUUAACUGACUGAAUGCCAUGUCCUAAUGCGCUAAUUGCAGCUAUUACAAUUGUAUUUAUACCAUGUUGACUUAAGCCUAAUACCAUUUACUGAAGAUUUUUUUGCUCUUUCUGUGAAUUACAUCUUCUCAACCACCUGCUUUUGUUUGUACCUGAAUGUUAUCAUCAGCAAUGCGACUUUAAAUAUGUAUUCUCAAAGAUUGAACUUCCAUUAUUUUGCAAUUAUUGUUUAAUUUUUUUUUUUUUCUAUUUUUAUUAUAACUUGUGCCUUGAAUUAUUAUCACCAUCCAUGACAGUUUCGUUAGCAUAGAUUUUUUUCAUGGUCGUCUUUGUUAAAUAAUACACAGCAAGUUAGGCCCAAAUAUACAUCUAAAAUGUUCUGAUGAGAAUUUUUCUGAUGUGUACUAUUAUUAAUAUUAAUUAGAUUUCUUGAUAACUAAACGUAUCCACAAGCCAAUCUCAAACACCGUGAUAAUUUUUCUAUUGUAUUUUAUGAAUUUUUGCCUUAGUUUAUUCUUAUAAUUCAGUAAUGGAUGAAAUAUAAAUAUGUAUUCAUCUACCUACCUGGAAGGGCACACUACUUAAUAUACAAAAAUAUAGACAUUCUUUUUACAGGGUGUACUAAAACUUCAGAUAAGCGCUUUUGAGUUAGUAUACUGCUUAUAAUAUGAUCAUCCGAAACAAUUAACUUUUUCAGUGCCCUAUAUAUGUCUAUGUUUAUAUUUGGUAUAUUAAUUUUAAGAAAUGUUCAUAAUGAAACAUUAUUUAAGGCAGCUGUUUCCAAACUUCGCAAAAUAAUGAUUUGCUAAACAAUUCUGAUUGCGUGACAAAACAUCAGUCCAUUUAAUAAAAAAUACUAUCUCGAGAAGUUUUGGUCGUUUAUUCGCACAAAACAAGCUUAUAAUUAAAUGUGCACGAAACAUAAAACUUCCUCGUCAUUAUUUAUUUAUUCUUAACAAAGUCAAAUUUUCUUUUAAAUGCAUCUUGGUUUAUAUCACAGAAAGUAAAUUUAUGUGCCAUAAGUUUAAAAAAGUUUUUUGAGUCUUUAAUUAAACUAACGUCAAUAAGGUUAAUGGAGGUAGUCCAUAUUUUUUACCACCUUUUUUUAUAUUUAUGAUCUAAAAUAUAAUGCAAUUUUUGUUUCAAAUUGGUGGUUAUGUUCCAAAUUCAAGCAUACCUUUCAAAGUAACCUUGAAAAUAUAUUCUCGUAUGUUUUGGUUCUAUGUAGCAUUAUUAUCGUAGCAAUAAUUUCAUUACGCUAGAACAUUUUUGGAGGAAAUUUUUUGGGGAUUAUUUGUGGUGGUGCAAUAAAAUAAAAUUUGUUGGGUAGAAAGAAAAAGUAUUCGUACCCUUAGCAUUUUGAAUUUUGUCUUGCUAUUACUAUAUUAUUGUAAUCAUAAUAAUUAUGCAAAGAGCAUACAUGUAGCAAAGCAAAUAAAUGGCUGAAAAUAAUGUAUGCAAAUUUCAUGUAAGCACCCCCAUGGUACCAUUGUGCUAAUUAAUUGCUUUUUUCGUUUUUUUUUUUAAGUAUUUUUUGGAACUUCCAGAAUGUGUGAAAUUGUACAAAAUGCAUAGUCUUCCACAAACUCAUUUUAGGAUAUUAUUUCAAAAAUCAACCACUGAAAUAGUGACUUCUUCCUCACUGGUGGCUGAAGAGAGAAAAAAGAAUUUAUAAUCCAAUGUGUGAGGCCUCUGUGAUCUGCACAAAUGAAAUCAAUUUACAAUGUCUGACAUUAAUGCAGAAUUGCAGAAAAGCUCAUGAAAUUAUCCAAAUCAAAGUGCAAUAAUUAUCAGUAAUAUAAACAUAAUUCUGCCAUCGUUGUUCGUAAGUUUGAAAAGGCAUUUUCUCUCUUAUUUUAUUUUAUAUUUGUCAAUUCUUGUGGAUGGUAUAUUAGUGUACAGAAGUUUUACAACAACAUUCAAAAUAGAAUCAGACUAUUUAUGAUGAGUAAUACCUGUCUAAUUAACAAAAUAUUAAACAUUUUUUAAAUAUCUGGGAGUUGUAUAGAAAUGUGUUUAUUCCAUCAAUAUUCAUCUAUAGUGCCUUCUAGGAAAAAAUGCAUUAAUUCUUCCAUAUUUAAAAUGUUGAUUAUUUUUACUAAUCCUUAAUCGCAGAUUACUUUCUAUUUUCACAAAUACCUUCCUGAACAUGUGUAGCAGAGUAGCAUGAUCAGGACACUUUCACACUAGAAAAGACAAGGAAAAGUUGUGCCCUAUUUCUAUGUACUGUACGAACAUUGCCAUAAUAUAAAGGUGAACACAUUUGCAUACCUGUAUAUUUAUACAAAUCCAGGCAGCAUGCCCGGGCCACACAGCCGAACAAAUUGAAUUACCGUAGUAAUAUUUCCCAUGCCGAAUAUGAAUUAAUAAUCAGAUGGCAGGCCUUUGUGAUUCGUCCUAUGAAUUUUAAGCUAUUGUGCCCUUUCGUCAUUGCUCUGGUCCUUGACUUAUGCUAUAAAUACUUUAGUGAUAUAUUUCUUAUAGAAUAUGAUGCCAUUUACUGUAGUUCCAUUAAAUUUAAGCAUCAUUUUAAUGCUAGCUGGUACUCCUUAACUGAAUAAUACACUUUAAACUUAAAAAUAAUCUUUUUUUUUUUCAAAUAAUACAAUCAGGAGAUGGUACGUUCAAGUCAUCUACCACUACCGUUCACAUAACCUCAUUAAAACCCUUUUUGUGUUUAUCUAUUUUUCGCCAAUGAAAUGUGUCAUGAAUGUGAUGAAUUAUCAUUUUUUUUCUGUUCUAUAAGGACAACUGGGAUCUCUUGGAUAUAUAUUUAUAAUCUAAAAUAAAAGAAAGCAAAUUGGUUUUCACUCACUCAUUCUAGAAAUGGCUGCUUUUGCGUAGCCAUGUCUGGAGCAAAUGCGUGGAAAAUAUGUUGACUCAAUUUUCAAUAUUCCCAAAAUCAUCUUUUUCAAAUCUUCUCAUUUUCGCUAAUAAAAAAAAAAUUCCUGGACGUCCAUUGACUAUGCUGAACCAUGAUAUUAUCAUUUACUUUUUACUGAUCGAAAUGUAUCGUUUUUGUUAAAUAUUUUUGGACUUGUGCAUUACCACUACCAACUUUUUGUCGUUUUUAAUACUUUUACUCAUUUUUUUUACAUUGCCGCCAUUGAUAUUGUUUCAUACAAAAUUUAUCUUUAGUUUAUUUUAAUCAAACAUCAUUUGGUGUAUGAUUAAGCUUGAUCUAAGAUAAAUUUUGUGUGUGGAUUGUUGUACAGUAAUUAAAGAUGUAGUCAUUUGCAUCUGUUGUAAAAAUCGUAAAACUUGUUGCAUACAAUACCUUUCUCACUAUCAUUUCAACUUCCAAUGAAAAUCAUAAUUUGUCAA